UCUGAGCCCCACCAUGGCUUCAACGAUGAACACAAUUCUCACCACUCUCAUCAAAAAGAUAGCGAUGCUGCCAGACAUCAUCAUGGCUCCAAGGAUGGACACAAGUCUUCUCACUCUCGCCCAAAGGACAUUGAUGGCGCUAGACCCCACCAUGGUUUCAAGGAUGGACACAAUUCACAUCACUCUCACCCAAAGGAUAUUGAUGCUGCCGGACAUCAUCAUGGCUCCAAGGAUAGACACAAUUCUCGUCACUCUCAUCAAAAAGAUAGCGAUGCUGCCAGACAUCAUCAUGGCUUCAACGACGGACACAAUUCUCAUCACUCUCAUCAAAAAGAUAGCGAUUGCUCUAAGCCCCACCAUGGCUUCAACGAUGGACACAAGCAUCCCCACUCGCGCCCAAAGAAUAUUGAUAACGCCAGACACCAUCAUGGCUCCAAAGAUGGACACAAUUCUCACCACUCUCAUCAAAAAGCUGUUGAUGAUGCCAGAUUCCAA